AUGCCUCUGGCCUGCCUGGAUUCGCUUUUGGCGACUGAAGUCCCUCCUCAGAUCCCGGAUAAUGGGAGUGCACCCCUGAUCGUAGAUGUGCACGUGUUUGUAUCCAAUGUCUUCGAUGUGAACAUCUUGCAGUAUACAGUGUGCUCCGCGCUGCUAUUGAGACUGUCUUGGUUCGAUCCUCACCUAUCUUGGCAUGAGAGUACAGACUCACGGAACUCCAUCACCUUGCCCUCAAACUUGCUGUGGACCCCGGACCUCACCAUCCAAGAAGCCCUUUGGGUAAAAUGGAGGGAGCACAACCCACGGGCCCGGGUAAGCAGAAAAGGCCUUGUGGAGCUCUACACGGCGCUCACCACCAAGAUUAACUGCGACUUUGAACUCCUGCGCUUUCCUAGUGACAAAAGCGACUGCAACCUGAGCUUCUUUGCUUUCAGCAACACAGUUGAAGAGUUGAAGUUUCAUCCCAAAGCAGUGAAUGAGAUUGUGAGUGUGAAGCGAGAAUACAUGGUUCGGGGCUUAAAAGCCCAGGUCCCCAUCAAGCACCUGGUGCCCAGCUUCCAGGUGACGAUAAGCCUACAGAACACAGCUGUCAAAACAACAAUGGCCUUGGUGGUGCCAGGGGUAGCCAUACUCCUGGCAGAUAUAUGUGGCAGCCUCCUGCCCCUGAGGGUUACUGAACGGAUCUCUUACAAGGUGACACUGCUGCUUAGCUAUCUCGUUUUCCAUUCAUCUCUGGUGCAGGCCCUCCCCAGCUCUUCCUCCUGCAACCCCCUCCUAAUUUCCUACUUCACAGUGCUACUGAUACUCCUCUCUCUCAGUACCAUGGAGACUGUGCUAAUGUCUGGCUUGCUGGCACGAGGCUACUUCUGCCCAAAGAUCAGACCAAAUCCAGCCCCAAGAGAGGAAGGGUUAGACACCACAAAUCCAGGGCCCAGAUCUGAAGAGCCCCAAAGGACAGUUGAGGGGCCAAGGAAGACUUGGGUUGAGGCUAUGGACCACAUCUUCCUGCUGAUAUAUGUAGCCGUCAUCGGAUGCAGUCAGCUCAUCUUUGUCAUGGUUUGGUUCUGGUGGGAAUGCAAGUCUGAUCCACCUCCUUCUAAGACUAUUCCCCAUGGAGGAAAGCCCAAAAUCUAAUAUCUAGACAAUGGAUUCAAGAUUCUCAAGAACUAAGAGUCUA